AUGAAGUUUGCCCAUGAUUUCAAGGAGACCCUUAGGCGUGAAGACUUUCCGCCUCACUGGGUCGAUCUUGCUGUGCCUUAUGGCCAGCUGAAAAAGGUUCUGAAGCGUGUCGCCCGCGAGUUGAACGAUCUAGGGCUCGACCCCGAGACUCUGCGUCAACUUCUCGACCCGGCCGAUGAUUCGCCGCUGGCAGCCAAAUACCGUCUUGAUGCUGCCGGGAAGUCCAAACUGCUAAGGCCUAAGUUGACCGUGACCGUCCACAUGUGCGAUGGCAAUGCCGUCGACGCCUCGCUGACGCCGUCAUCCCGCGCUCUUCUCAAGCGCAUCGCCGCUUUGCAGUCUGCCAACUCAGAUGCGGAACUUGACCUGGACUCGCCGACAGCAUCCGGGUCUCAGUCGCCCCAAGAAACCAUGUCAGAGCACUCGUGCGCCUCGUCUGACGAAUCACUGGCCGUCGUGGAAGCAAAGCUUAAUGAGACCCAGCAUCAUGCGACUUCUGCCGGGAAGUAUGAGCGCAUUGAGGUUCCCCUCGUGUUCGAUAGUGAAUUCUUUGACAUACUCCAGAGCGAUGUCAACAAUCUCGACGCUCUCCAAGCGCGGGAGGAAAGGGCCAUGACGACAGAGAUCGUUGCUCUUCGCCAGGACGUUUCCCAUCUCACUAAACCGAGCCGGCUUUCCAAGAGCGACCUCGCAAGAUGGCGAGCCAUCUUUGAGCUGUAUCUUGACGCUCAGGUCUUCUUUUCCACCAACGAACAAGACCACGGGUCUCGCGACAGCCAGACUGCCGCGAAGCGGCUCCAGUGGUUCCAGGAAGAGCUCACGAAACGCAACCUAGCCAAGGCUUUCAAGAUUGCCGAGAGUAGAGAAGCCCUCGUUCGCUUCAUGCGACUCAACGCCGUUCUGCUCAAAAAUCUGCAGUUCCAGGAGAUCAACCAGGUUGCCAUCUACAAGAUCCUAAAGAAAUUUGACAAGCGUACUUGUCUCGGAGUUUCCAAGUCUUUCCCCAUGGUAGUCCAUUCCGAUAAACUCCUUGCCGGCUCCGUGGCCAAGGACGUCUGCGCCCAAAUGUCCACCGACCUCGUCUCCGUCGUCCCACAGAUCAGCGACUACCUUUGCCCGAUCUGCUUCUCCAUCGCCUACCGUCCAGUCCGUCUAGCCUGCCGACACGUCUUCUGCAUCCGCUGCAUUGUCAAGAUCCAGCGCCGCAACGAGAAGAACUGCCCACUCUGCAGAGCCGAUACGGUCAUGACCGCGUCUGCAGACAAUUUGGAUGUCCAACUUGAGAAGUACAUGCGAAAGUAUUUUCCCAAAGAAACGAAGGAGAAGCAACGCUCCAACGAGAUCGAGCGAGGCAUCGAGGAUUACGGGCCCGAAUACGUCCAUUCCGAGUGUUCUGUCAUGUGA